AUGUCCAUCUACAGUCCCCAAGACCACAAGUCUCACCGCUCUGUCCACGACCAGACUGAGGAGCGGCUCGACAGGCUCGAGAACGACGUCCACACACUCGCACGGUUGGUCUUCUCCGCCCGCCAUACAGACAAGCAAGACAAAGCCCGCCGGGCCACGCCAACGCAGCAGCAGCAGCAGAAGGAGCGGUGGAACUGCCCGAUCAACCCCUUUGACGCGCCUCCGACCCCCAAAGGUGACAGAACCACCUGGUCCCACGACCAGCCCAUCAAGUUCGCCUCGCCCAAGAAGAAUGAGCAGCGGCCGGGAGACGAAAGCGUCGAGGCCAAAUCUGGCAGCAAGCAGUCGGCUAAGCUGCGCUGCUAUCCCUUCCGGGUGGCUACUGCGGUGCUUUGCUCCAUUGCCAUCUGGCUGUUUCUUGGGGGAGACGCCGCUUUUGGCGAAUUAUAUCGGGCUGUUGAGUGGCUGAAGCACAUGUAUGCUGAGAAAUGGCUGGGAGCUUAG